GUGCAUUUUAUUUACUUAGCUUCGAACUCAACUGACGUCACAUCCUUUCGUUGUACGUGUUUUGUUUAAGGCAGGCAGGGUUGAAGUCAGCGUCGGGCAGGAUGUUGCGGCUUCGAUGUAAGACCAAAAACGGGAGCCACAUUAUGCAAGGCUUGACUCAUCAGUCCUGUGUCCAGGAGCUGAAGAGUAAGGUGGAGGAGUUAACAGGGAUUCCAUGCAAUGUGCAGAAAAUAAUGGUUGGCUACCCACCAUCCAGCCUUGAUCUUAGGAAUUUAGAUGCCCAUUUAAAGGACUAUCCGAUCAAGUCAGGAGACACACUCAUUGUUGAGGAGGAAAAGAACAAGCCAAAACCUCAGGAUCAUCCCAUUGUGAAAGCACCCCACUUGAAACUCUCACCGGGGCUGGCACGUCGAGUGGUCCCAGCUGACAACUCCUGCCUCUUCACCAGUGUGUAUUACGUUGUAGAAGGAGGUGUGUAUGACCCCGCUUGUGCCCCAGAAAUGCGCAGCCUUAUUGCUCAGAUAGUGUCGAGUGACCCUGCAGCUUACUGUGAGGCAGUGCUGGGAAAAACCAAUGAGGAAUAUUGCUCUUGGAUAAAACGUGAUGACACCUGGGGAGGAGCCAUUGAGGUGUCCAUCUUGUCUAAGUUUUACCAGUGUGAGAUCUGUGUGGUGGACACUCAGACAGUUAGGGUAGAUAGAUUUGGGGAGGAUUCUGGCUACCAAAAACGCGUGUUACUCAUCUACGACGGCAUCCACUAUGACCCUCUGCAAAAAGAGGUUCCCAGUUCUGAUGCCCCUCCUCAGACUAUCUUCUCUACCACUGAUGACAUAAUCUUGGCCCAAGCCCUUGAGCUGGCGGACGAGGCUCGCCGCAAGCGUCAGUUCACAGACGUUAACCGCUUUGCACUACGCUGCAUGGUGUGCCAGACAGGCCUGGUGGGACAAAAGGAGGCCCGGGAGCAUGCCAAGGAGACGGGCCACACCAAUUUUGGUGAAGUGUGAAAGUUGUAUUAUCUUCUCCCCCUUUCACAGAUACAACCACCACCAACUCCUCUGCCCUCAUGUCCGGCGAGUUCUGUUGGCCUGCUUGUGUUAUCCUCUACCUCACAUUAUCCUAUUGCAUAUUUGGAGAAUCCUCAGACACUGUGUUAAGCCUCUAAUUGGUUCAGUAUUACUUUUUAACUGCUGAAAGCUCUUAAGGUCAAAAAUGCUACUGUAGUACUAAUCCAUCGUGUGGGUUGGUAAUGGAUCAUUUCAGAUAUUUUCAGUGAAGUGGAGUUAUAUAUGCAAACAAUUCUUAGGAUUUGUUUUGGUCUGUUGAGAUUACUAAUCUCAUUGAUGGAACCAAUGUGGCUUAUGCUUUGAGCAGAAAAUGCACCAGAUUGCCGCUACUUAAACCGCAACUGACCAAACUUGCUUUAUACACGUCACUGCAAAGGGUUUAGAACAAUGACUAAGAAUUAUUUGUACUGGGAUGUGAUCCAAUUCACUGUUGUCUUAAACACAGCACUGCAAGUAUGACUGUUACCCAUGUUGGUUUUAUAGUGUUGUUUUCUAUUUGCAGACAAGUGUCAGAAAUUAGCUAGUGGGGUUAUUUGGCUAGCUUCAGAUAUCUAUAUGUUGAGCAUGUGUAAAUGUGUUCUAUUGCUAAAAGCUAGAGUCAUACAUCAACGUAUGUGCUGUUUGUGACAUCCGUUUGAAUUUAUGGAGCAGUUGGCAUUAAAACUGAAUAAAUACUAAAAUAUCAUAUAGCAAAGUGUGUGCAAAUUAGCUCGAGUAUGUCUUUUCGUUUUUUGGUGUAAACAAUAGCAUUUACCAGUGAUCUUGUUCUGUUGGAUAAUUUCAAAUGACAGUGCUGGAAACUGAUUUCACAAGAUCUGUAGCUCAUGACUUAUUUGAUUGGUUUAAAGGGUUUUCAGGAGUUUGUAAUUCUGGUUUGCAGGUUUUAAAUAUCAUGCUGUGAAAGUUAUAUAUAUAUUUUUUUUUUGUAUUUUUGAACUGCUGCGCAUUUAAAUACUUCAAAUGUAUUAAAAGUGUGUAGUUUAACAGAAUAAUGCGAGAGGUGUAGUGUGGGGACUAGAAAUCCUAACUAUAGGGUGUGUGUAUAAGAUCAGCUUUACCUGUUAGUCUUUUUGUCUUCUUUUGCUAAUUAACCAUAAUUGUUUACCUUCUCAUUUAAUAUUUAAGAUGUUUUUGUUGUUGUCUUGACUAAUUAAAUGCAUGAUUAGGUUUAACCCUUUAACUUUUAAUGCAACAUAUAUCUCCACCUGUGUCUUGUGUUGAUGGGACAGUUAAGGUCUUAAUAUUUGGUGCACGUUAACUAAAGAUUGCCAGUCUUCUACUGUACAUUUUGCACAACAGGAGCAUGUUCUCACAUUUUAUAAUUAAGUCAUGGCAUCAUCGCUUUGCAUGGAAUUACAGUAAGUCAAACACCAGCCCAGAGAAGGUUUAUUUGGGGAUGAUUGUCUGUUUUUUUCAGGCAGUUAUCUUGUUGCCUAAAAUUGUGUUAAACCAGUAUUUCUUUUUCACACACAUUUUAUGACGAUAUUGAUACUGCGUUGUUGCCAAAAUGGUAAGUUUGACUGGGGAAGAGCUGAUUGAUACUUUUUAAACAUCAGAGGAUGGGGGUGAGGGUAUGAUGAUAUAUAACACAAACAAGAGUUGUGUUUUUAUGUGUGUUGUGCAUCAUUUACAUUUUGUAGUCUGUUUUGUUAUGAAAAUGGAUUAAUGAGCUUGCAUAAUAUGAAACAAUAAAAUAUCUUGUUUGUAUUUACCAAGUUUUCAUGACUAACAACAACAAUGAAUGUUGCACACAAAGCACUAUGGAAUAACUGGAUUUACUUGAUUUUUUUUCCAGUGUUGUCACAAUUAAAAGCUAUAUCCAAAA